AUAGUAUCAUUUUGGAUCCACACGUGUAUCCAAAUAAUUAUUUUGGUUGAUUUAAAAAAUCUGUUUACAUUUUUACGAAAAAUCAAAACUUCCAACAUGAAAUCUUCAGGUGGGAGUUUCCCAUCAAUGAAACUAAGUAAACCUGUACUUAAAGGUAUCUACAAAAAAGGAUAUAAAAAUCCAACACCGAUUCAACGGAAAACGAUACCAAUUGUGUUGAGUGGUAAUGAUGUUGUUGCAAUGGCUCGGACUGGUAGCGGUAAAACUGCUGCAUUUCUCAUACCGAUUAUCGAAAAACUUCAAAGCCAUAAAACUGAAAAAGGUGCCCGUGUUCUUAUAUUAUCACCGACCAGAGAGCUUGCAUUACAAACGCAUAAAUUUGCCCGAGAAUUUGCUCGUUUUACUGAUUUAAAAUGUGAAACAAUAUUGGGUGGCGAUUCAAUGGUACGGCAAUUUGAAAAGAUACAUGAUAAUCCCGACAUAAUUAUUGCUACACCUGGACGAUUACUUCAUGUAGCUGUAGAAAUGAAUCUAAAAUUUUCUGCCAUUCAAAUGGUCGUAUUUGAUGAAGCUGAUCGAUUAUUCGAAAUGGGUUUUAAAGAACAAUUGAACGAAAUUCUAUCAAGACUUUCAUCGAAACGACAAACAUUGCUAUUUUCGGCUACAUUACCACAAACAAUCGUUGAUUUUACAAAAGCAGGCCUAAUCGAUCCAAUAUUGAUACGAUUAGAUACAGAAACAAAGAUUAGUGAAAAUUUACGCUUAAUUCAUCUAAGUUGUCGUAAUGAAGAUAAAUUGGCUACAUUAUUGUAUUUAUUAAAAAAUACAAUCAAACCAACUGAACAGACUAUUGUUUUCUUACCUACAAGACAUCAUAUUGAAUAUAUUAAAGAAAUAUUAGAUCAAUGUUUCAUUUCAUCAACAUAUCUUUAUAGUAGUCUUGAUUCUGAAGCACGUAAAAUUAAUAUUCAUUUAUUUCAUUUGAAAAAAGUAAAUGUUCUACUUGUUACUGAUUUGGCUGCACGUGGUGUCGAUAUUCCAUUGUUGGAUAAUGUAAUUAAUUUUAAUUUUCCAUCAAGAUCAAAAUUAUUUGUUCAUCGUGUUGGUCGUACAGCAAGAGCUGGUAAAUCAGGAACAGCAUAUUCAUUGAUCAGUAAUGAUGAAUUACCUUAUCUUUUUACUUUAAGUCUUUUCUUGAAUCAACCAUUUAAAGCUGCUAAUCCAUCCAUACUUAAUGAUGAUGAUGAUGAUGAUUAUGAAACCAUUUAUGGUCAUGUACCACAAUCAAUUAUUGAUGAACAAAAUGAAAUCAUACAGAAAUUACAUGGAAAUUUUUCCGAAUUAGAUUCAAUGGAUAAAGUAUGUAACAGUGCAUAUAAACAAUAUCUAAAAACAAGAGAAGUAGCCGAUGGUGAAUCAGUACGAAAAAUGAAAACAUUUUUGAGUAAUGAAAAAAUUGGUUAUCAUCCAAUUUUCAUUGAUCGAUCUACCGAAAAAGUUGAUCAACUUAAAAUGGAAAAUGAACGUGUCGAAAUGUUAAGUUCGAUUAAAUCAUAUAAACCGAAUUUGACAGUAUUUGAAAUGGGAAAAAACAAAACAAACACUGCACGUGAAGUGAUGAAAGCAAAACGUCAAAUUUCGGAAAAAAUAAUGGGUAAAAAACCAAAUUCUUCAUUUGAAAAAUCAGAUGAAAAUGAAACAAAUUUCAAAGAUCAAGGAUUCUAUUUAACUUAUCAAUCGAGUGAUUUUCAUUCGGAAAAAGGUUUACAAUUGACAAAAUCAUUCGAUACUCAAUUGAAAGAAUCUGUUUUGGAUUUUGAUGGUGAUGAAAAUGGACAGAUAACAAAAAAUCAAAAUCAACUAAAAUGGGAUCGAAAAAAGAAAAAAUUCAUACAACCAGGAGAAAAUGAACCAAAAAUGAAAAAAAUUCGAACCGAAAGUGGAAAUUUAAUUAAUGCAUCAUAUAAAUCUGGAAUGUAUGAAAAAUGGCGGAAAAAAUCUAAAACUGAUCGCAAUGUUAUCAACGAUAAUGAUGAUAAUGAUGAUGAAGAUGGUGAAGAAAAACAAAAACGUAACCGUUCAAUAAAAAUGUCAUCACGAAAAAAGCCGAAACAUCAAUCCGGUGGUGGUGGUAACAAACGUAUUCCUAAACGUGAAUUAAAAACUAAAGAUGAAAUAUUUAAAAAACGUAAACGAUUAGAACGAAUACAGACACAUCAGAAAAAGAAACAAAAACAACGUUUUGCCGGUCAUAAAAAGGGCAAAGGAAAAAGAUGAAAAAAUAUCCGAAUUCUUUUUAUUC